CGAUAUAAUCAGCCGCUGACCGCGGCCGGUUGGGCGCGGCGACGCAUCGAAAGCGCUCGCGCCGCCGGAACCGGGUUUUAAUUCCACGCGGAAAGGUGGAAUCGACCCAAAUUGCCUGCGCGCCAAUCAGAGAGGAGCUAACUCAUAUGCAAAUGCGGCGUUAUCGCGGUCACGUCAGCAGCAGCAGCGGUAGAGCCGCUGCGCCGUGGUCGCCAGCAGGAGUACAACUAACAACACAGUCACAAGUUCGCCGAAAACACUCUUUGCGCGUCGACGUCUUGGGAGUUAAACUUUGGCGUUCGUCCCAGGGACACGCUAUUAUGGACAUGCUGUAGCUCACAGUGAGGCUCAUUGGGACCAGCUUGGAUCCAGUGGAGUUCCAAAGGUUCCCGUUACCCUCCGGGCUCUGCCAUGGACUUCUUUAGUGACCCUAACCUCUUUGUUGGAGGAUUGGAUGGGCUGGACGAGGAUGGCUUCCCCUCAGCACCAUCACUUGUGGAUGAGCUAAACCUCACUGCUGAUUUUGAGCCCCUCCAAGUGGAGCCUCUAGACCCAGGGAAGCACCAAGCCUUGAUGCCUCCAGUCACUACCCAACAAGCCAUGCCUUCUUACAGUCAGCAGAUGGGUCACUACAUUGGCAUUAAGGCGCAGACUCCUAUGGGGCAGCCGUUUACUGGUCCUGGGGGCACAGGAGGUACAGGGGGUGGAGGUGGUGGCAUGAUUGCAGACCAGCAUGUCCAAUACCAUAAUGCUGCCAUGAGCCAAGUACCUCAAUCCAAUGGGCUGUUCUGUAACAGUAGCAGUCCAAUGUGGGGCAACCAAGACCAGAAUGGGAAUAUGUACCACCCCUUAUCUCAACCGCAACAACAGCUUUGUCAGCAACAGCAGCAACAACUGCACAACCAGCAACUUCAUGUCGGACAACAACAAACACAGCAGCAACAACACCACCCAUGUCACCAACAACAACGGGAGCAGCAGCGCAGAAUGCAGCAGCAACAGCAGCUGCAACAACAACAGCAAAGACAUCAGCAACAGCUGUUAAACCAGCGCCAGCACCAACAAAUUAACACACAGACUAUGUCCCUGCAGCAGCCGCAGCAUCACAAUUUCUCCUUUCACCAGAGAGGUCAAUCUCAGAGCCAACAGCAAGUUCACCAUACUCAGCAGCAGGUUCAGCACCAAUUAACAGUAGGAGGGCCAAGGUUCCAUUCAAGGGCUAUGCCAAGUAAGUCUUAUUUGAAUAGUCAAAAUGCUAUACUGAGUGGGACUUGCUUGCAGCUUCCGCCGCAGCAAGGUAGCUACCAGUUGACAAGGGGAGGUCAAACCUUCUCUGGAUCAGGAUCGGAAGACCCAAACCUAACCUUCCCCAUGCAUUCUUCACCGAUGGUUCACUCUUUGCCCAUAUGCUCAGUCAGUUCUGCCACAGUUUACCAAGCUGCUCAGUACCCUGCCUAUCCUGGAGAGCCAGAAAUACCCAGUCUCAGUCAGCAGUCCACAUCCUCGGGGUCUAUGCCCAACACCACCAUUGUACCCCUUACUUCUGCAGUGCCUGAGCUCCCAGGGACAGUAUGUCAGUUCCCAUCCACAGCAGUUAUGAGGAACCAGGCAGAUGAAUGUGCUUUCCGGGCCCUGCAUUGCUCUGGAGAAACCCAGGGAAACAAGUCAUCCGAGAUGUUUGGUGAGUCAAUGAACUGCUUCCCCAGCAUGGCCAGCCAGCUGCCCUCUGAGCAGCCUCGGAGCUGCAGGGCCAUAAACACUAAUGGAUACCAAGCAUUGGGAGACACUCUCCUGCCAUCAAAGGCUGGAGACUUGGAGGGCCUGGAGCCUCCUGACCUCCUGCCUGACCUACUGCCCCAGCUGGAGGCUGCUCUCAGCCAACAGGAUGAAUCCAACUGUUCCUGGGUCGAUUCCAGCCAGGAGAAGGGACAUGAACACAGCAAACCACCACCUGUUGAGUACAAGCAAGAAAAGCCUCGAAAGAACGCUAAUGGUCCCGGUAGCCAGGUACGGGUCCUCAGCCCCCCAGUGAAGAGCAGCUCAUCGUCGUCCUCCUCUUCCUCAUCGUCUCCAUCCUCAUCGAGCUCCUCAUCGGAGAAGAGGACGCCACGGAGGACACAGCAUCAGAUGGAGGCAGCUACACAGGACAAGCAGGAGAAGGCCAAUCGGAUAAUAUCGGAGGCUAUUGCUAAGGCCCGGCAGCGUGGGGAAAAGAACAUCCCGAGAGUUAUGAGUCCUGAGAGUUUCCCCAGCUCAUCGUCACAGUACAAGCACCGUAAACGCGAGCACAAAGGAAAUGGCAAGGCACGGACGAAAGGGAAGGCCUGUAGGAAGGCCUGUAUUAUACCCUCCUCCAAGCCCAAUAAGAAGGCAAAGAUCGGGAAAAUUGUCAUCAAAAUUGGGAAGAGGAAGAAACGAAAGCCAGAGUCUUCAGAGGAGUCUAAUGAUGACCCUCCCCCUCGACACGCUGCUAAAGAUGACGACUCUAAGAGGCGAUCCAAUCGCCAGGUGAAGAGAAAGAAAUACGCUGAAGAGCUGGAGGCCAGGUUGUCGGAUGAUGAGGUCAAGGCUAUUGUCAAAGCCAAGAAAACCGGCACCGCAGGAUCCAAACAGCCUGCUGUUCAACUCUUUGUAGAGAAUCCCAGUGAAGAGGAUGCUGCUGUGGUUGACAAAAUCAUGUCUUCUCGUAUCGUCAAGACGGAGGUUUCUCCAGGAGUGGUGGUUGAAGGAGAGGAGUUUUUUGUAAAAUACAAAAACUACUCCUACCUACACUGUGAGUGGGCCACAGAGCAGCAGCUGGUGAAGGACAAGAGGAUUCAGCAGAAGAUCAAACGCUUCAAGAUGAAACAAGCACAGCGGGCACUCUUCUUUGCAGAUAUGGAAGAGGACCCCUUUAACCCGGACUAUGUAGAGGUAGACAGAGUGCUGGAGGUGUCUUAUUGUGAGGACAAAGACACGGGAGAGGAAGUGGUGUACUACCUGGUGAAGUGGUGCUCUCUGGCUUAUGAGGACAGCACCUGGGAGCUGAAGGACGACGUUGAUCAGAGCAAGAUUGAAGAGUUUGAGCAGCUGCAGGCAGUCAAGCCAGACUCGCGCAGGACGGAGCGGCCCCCGGCCAAUCAGUGGAAGAAGAGGGACCAGUCGAGAGAAUACAGGAAUGGCAACAGCCUCAGGGACUACCAGCUAGAAGGGGUCAACUGGCUCCUGUUCAACUGGUACAACAGACGGAACUGCAUCCUGGCAGAUGAGAUGGGCCUCGGAAAGACCAUCCAGUCCAUCACAUUCCUACAAGAGAUCCUUCGUGUGGGCAUUAAAGGGCCAUUCCUCAUCAUUGCUCCUCUCUCCACUAUUGCCAACUGGGAGCGCGAGUUUCGUUCUUGGACCUAUCUCAAUGUCAUCGUCUACCAUGGAAGCAUGGUCAGCAGGCAGAUGCUCCAACAAUACGAGAUGUAUUUCAGGGAUGCACAGGGCCGUGUGAUGCGAGGUAACUACAGGUUCCAGGCCCUUAUCACCACGUUUGAGAUGAUCCUGGGAGGAUGUCCCGAACUCAACGCCAUCGAGUGGCGCUGUGUUAUCAUCGAUGAGGCCCACCGCCUCAAGAACAAGAACUGCAAGCUGCUAGAGGGCUUCAAGCUCAUGAACCUGGAGCACAAGGUCCUGCUGACGGGUACUCCUCUCCAGAACACAGUGGAGGAGCUCUUCAGCUUGCUCCACUUCCUGGAGCCGGCACGCUUCCCCUCAGAAAACCCCUUCAUGCAGGAAUUUGGAGACCUGAAGACUGAGGAGCAGGUACAGAAGCUUCAGGGAAUCCUGAAGCCCAUGAUGCUGCGUCGGCUGAAGGAGGACGUGGAGAAGAAGUUGGCUCCUAAAGAGGAAACCAUCAUCGAGGUUGAGCUAACCAACAUUCAAAAGAAAUACUACCGCGCCAUCCUAGAGAAGAACUUCACCUUCCUGGCUAAAGGAGCUGGCCAGGCAAAUAUGCCCAACCUGGUCAACACCAUGAUGGAGCUGAGAAAGUGCUGCAACCACCCCUACCUCAUUAAAGGAGCAGAGGAGAAGAUCCUAGAGGACUUCAGGGAGGUGUACAGCCCCACUGCAAUGGACUUUCACCUACAAGCUAUGGUGCAGUCUGCCGGGAAGCUGGUCCUCAUUGACAAACUGCUGCCCAAGAUGAAGGCCGGAGGGCACAGGGUGCUCAUCUUCUCCCAGAUGGUGCGCUGCCUUGACAUCUUGGAAGACUACCUCAUUCAGAGAAGGUACUUGUAUGAGCGAAUAGAUGGACGUGUUCGUGGGAACCUGCGGCAGGCAGCUAUCGACCGCUUCAGUAAGCCCGAAUCGGAACGCUUUGUUUUCCUUCUGUGCACGAGAGCUGGUGGCCUGGGAAUCAACCUCACAGCAGCAGACACCUGCAUCAUCUUUGACUCCGACUGGAACCCACAGAACGACUUGCAGGCCCAGGCCCGCUGCCAUCGGAUCGGUCAGAACAAAGCAGUGAAGGUGUACCGCCUGAUCACCAGGAACUCGUACGAGCGAGAAAUGUUUGAUCGCGCCAGCCUCAAGCUGGGCCUGGACAAAGCGGUGUUGCAGAGCAUGAGUGGACGAGAUAACAGCCUGGGUGGAGGCGCCGGGGGAGGGGCAGCGCAGCAGCAGCAGCAGCAGCUGUCUAAGAAGGCGAUUGAGGAUCUGUUGCGGCGUGGUGCAUACGGGGCCAUCAUGGAUGAAGAGGAUGAAGGAGCCAAAUUCUGUGAGGAGGACAUCGAUCAGAUUCUCCAGCGCAGGACAAAGACCAUCACCAUCGAGUCUGAGGGAAGAGGAUCCACCUUUGCUAAGGCCAGCUUUGUGGCGUCUGGAAACCGCACAGACAUUUCUCUGGAUGACCCCAACUUCUGGGACAAAUGGGCCCAAAAGGCUGACAUUGAUAUGGAAAUGGCAAACGGCAGAAACAGCUUGGUGAUCGACACUCCUCGUGUCAGAAAGCAGACACGGCCGUUCAGUGCCACCAAGGAUGAGUUGGCAGAGCUUUCAGAGGGCAACAGCGAGAGUGACGACACCAAACCCAAGCUCAGGCGAAACCACGACCGCCUCAACAGCUAUGGGCGCACAGAGUGCUUCAGGGUAGAGAAGAACCUGCUGGUUUAUGGGUGGGGUCGUUGGAAGGAUAUUCUCAACCAUGGGCGUUUUAAGAAGCAGCUGGCAGAGAGGGAUGUAGAGACCAUUUGCAGGGCCCUCCUGUCUUACUGCCUGGUCCAUUACCGUGGAGAUGACAAAAUCAAAAGCUUCAUGUGGGACCUGAUAGCCCCUACUGAGGACGGACGCACCAAGGAGCUGCAGAAUCACCUGGGUUUGUCUGCUCCCGUCCCUCGUGGCAGAAAGGGUAAGAAGGUGAAAAUCCAGUCCAGCUCCUUUGAUAUCCACAAAGCUGAGUGGCUUCGAAAACACAACCCAGAGCACAUGCUUCAGGACGACGGUUACAAGAAACACCUCAAACAUCACUGCAACAAGGUGCUGCUCAGGGUCAGAAUGCUCUACUACCUGAAACAAGAGGUGAUAGGAAGCCAGGCCCAGAGGGUGCUAGACGGCGUGGAGUCCAGUGACAUAAAGAUAUGGGUCCCAGACCCUGACCAUUCGGAGCUGCCAGCCUUGUGGUGGGAUGCCAUCUGUGACAAGUGUCUGCUGCUGGGUGUCUAUAAGCAUGGUUAUGAGAAGUACAACACACUCCGUGCUGACCCGACCCUGUGCUUCCUAGAGCGUGUGGGGCGACCCGAUGAGAAGGCCAUCGCUGCCGAACAGAGAGGCAACGAUUUCAUGGAUGGGGAUGUGGAUGACCCAGAGUACAAGCCUGCUCCUGCUCUGCUGAAAGACGAUAUGGAGGAUGAUGCCUCUUCUCCUGGGGACUUGGUUGUCACUGACAACGCCGGAGACGCAGUUCCAGUGACAGGAGGUGAAACUUCCUACUGGCCAUCCCCCUCGGUGCUGACGGCCAGGCUGAGGCGACUGAUCACAGCUUCUCAGCGCUACACAAAGAGCCGGCAGAUCCUCCAGAUCCACCAGAUCCACCAAACUCAAUCUCCAUCUCCGUCGACCAUGAUAAUGUCUGCUCCACUCUGUCCGCUGCCCCCCUCAUUCAACGACACCCUCAACCCCAAGAUGGUUGCUAAGAUUGAACGGCAACAAAGAUGGACCAGGCGAGAAGAAGCUGACUUCUACCGCGUGGUCUCUACUUUUGGUGUUGUUUUCGACCCAAACCUUGGCCGGUUCGACUGGACCAAGUUCAGGGCCAUGGCUCGGCUGCACAAAAAGACUGACGAGAGCCUGCAGAAAUACCUGUGUGCUUUUACCGCCAUGUGCCGAAGGGUGUGUCGCCUGCCACCAAAAGAGGGAGACUCUGCGGUGGAUCCGUCUCUGACCCUCCUGCCCAUCACAGAGGAGCGAGCGUCUCGUACACUGUACAGAGUAGAGUUGCUUCGCCAGGUGAGGGAACAGGUUCUUUGCCAUCAGCUACUCUAUGAGCGCCUGCCGUUGUGCCAGAUGAGCUCCGACUUGACCGUGUGGUGGGAGGCUGGUACCCAUGACCGUGAUCUGCUAAUUGGAGCUGCCAAACACGGCGUCAGCCGCACAGAUUACCACAUUCUGAGAGACCCUGAACUCAGCUUCAUGGCUGCCCAACGCAACUACAGCCAAACAAAAGCUGCACUGCAUAAAUCCCGCACAUCCACCCCACUGCUACACCCUCAGUGCCAGGCCACCAGCUCAGUGCUGACAGCCUCUCCGCUGCCUCCACCUGCCCAGAGAGAGACGGAGCCCAGUGGGCUUGUACCUAAAGUGGAACCAGCCUCCGAGGGGGAGGAGGGCAUGGAGAAGCAGGGGGAGAGUUGGAGCCCUCCUCCAGCACCAGCUACUCCCACAGGUCUGGAGGAGAAGCCCUUGUCUGAAGUGAGUGAGAAAGAGAGGCAGAUGGUGGCGGCACGAACCAAACCGCUCACACCCAACUCCUCUGAGAGGAAACCGAAGAAGGCCAGCAAGAGGAGCCGCAAGGAGGCUAGGCGGGGCUCAGAGUCCGACCCAGGUGACUCCUCCUCAAGCUCUUCCUCGCGUUCUUCCUCCUCUUCCUCCUCCUCUUCGUCCUCGUCACAUUCCGGGUCCAGCUCCUCCUCCUCAUCAUCUGGCUCCUCUGGCUCUUCAUCAUCAUCGUCCUCCUCCUCAUCUUCUGAUGGCAGUGAAAGUGAGGGAGAGGAAGGGAAGAAGAAAGUGGCUGCAGCAACAAGUGUAAAGGGCUUUGAUGAGGACAGUGUGGCGUCUCUGAUCACGACGCAGGAUGAAACCCAUGACAUCCAUGCAGCCGAGAACGGCAUCACCAACAACUCCUCCCAUCCUUUCCAGGGAUACAUGCUCGCUGCAUCCUACUGGCCAAAGGAUCGCGUGAUCAUCAACCGCCUGGACAGCAUCUGCCAGGCGGUGCUAAAGGGCAAGUGGCCCGGAACACGUCGGGUCUACGAGCCUGGAGGUGCAGUGGCCUCCUUCUACACCACCAAGCUGCUGGACAACGCCAACAGCCUGUGCGAGGACCCCUCUGCCUCACCACAGGGGUCAAAGGUGACCAAGCAUGUUGCAGAAAACAAGGAGUUCUCAGUAAAACUCAACGAUCAGGAGGGAAGUCUGAAGUUGACCUUCCAGAAACAAGGUCUACCUCUGAAGAGGCCCCUGGAGUCCGAGGAGGGCCCCCAGGCCCAGCAGCAGUACUUGGCACGGCUUCAUGAGCUGCAGAGCGCCUCGGACACAGGCCUGGCUGACAUCACCAAGCCUCAAUGCAGCUUCCAGACAGCGCCUCCAGGUCUUACUGGUCAGAUGAGACUGAACGGAGUACUGGAUGGUCAGCCGCUGGUGAAGAGGCGGAGGGGAAGGAGGAAGAACGUGGAGGGGAUGGACCUGCUCUUCAUGAACAGGAGUAGAGUCCCUUCUGUUCCUGAUCAGGUGCCUCCAGGAUGGGGCGGUAUUGGCCAGGUGGGCGCGGCUGGGGAUUCUGUGCCGGGCUUAAGCCAGAGCGCCAAUCAGGUCCCCGGGGAUACCGACAGCAGGGUCCCCGUCAUCAACCUCCAAGAUGGCACCAGGCUUGCUGGGGAUGAUGCUCCCAGGAGGAAAGACCUUGAACAGUGGCUAAUGGAGCACCCUGGCUUUGUGGCAGAUACAGGAGCUUUUAUCCCUGGUGUAAAUAAGAUGCAAAUGCAGUUCCACUUCCAGGACGGGCGGCCCAAGCAGAAGAGGCACCGCUGCAGGAACCCCAACAAGAUUGAUGUGAACAGUCUGACCGGAGAGGAAAGAGUUCAGAUCAUCAACAGGAGAAAUGCCCGCAAGGUUGGCGGCGCCUUUGCUCCUCCCCUGAAGGAUCUGUGUCGGUUCCUUCAGGAGAACCCCGAGUACGGAGUCCCACCUGAAUGGGCUGACGUGGUCAAACAGUCGGGUUACCUUCCAGAGAGCAUGUUUGACAGAAUCCUGACGGGACCCAUCGUUCCUGAGGAGGUGAGCCGGCGUGGGCGUCGACCUAAGAAUCCCCUGGUCAAGGCGGUGGUGGCGGCAGCUUCAGCAGCCCCCAACCCAGCAGUCUCCGCCCUGGGCCUGAACCCCCUGCUGGCCAACGGCAUCCUCUCUGGGAUGGACCUGACCAGCCUGCAGGCCUUGCAGCAAAACCUCCAGAGCUUACAGUCCCUGCAGCUCACCGCGGGCCUGAUGGGGCUGCCGUCCGACGCUAGCAACCUGGCUGCAAGUAACUUGGCUGCCAUGUUUCCCAUGAUGCUGUCUGGUAUGGCUGGAUUGCCAAACUUACUGGGCAUGAGUAGCUUGCUUGGGAAACCUGCUCAGGAGGGCACAGGAAGCUCUGAGGAGAAGACAAAGGGAGCCGCCAGCGGUGUAACAGCAGAGCCGUCUGCCUCUAAAGCCCUCGCUCACACCUCAGAUACCAAAGGAGAAAGGACAGAGGGGUCGAACAUGACUCCUUCUUCCACUUCCAGCUUCUCUUCCUAUGCCACCGCCCCACAAAGUGCUUCAGCUGCCUCUGCAGCCUCCAGUCACCCACUGUCUCUUAACCCCGUGUUACUCUCCAGUAUGCUUUACCCAGGGAUGCUUCUCACUCCAGGCCUUAACCUUCCUGUGUCUGCCACACAGCCGCAGAGCUCAAACAGUGACCCCACCCUCCCUCCUGCUCGUCCUGCUCCGCCUGCAGUCUCCCAGUCAUCGCCACAGGAGAUGGAGCGGCGAGCAGCAGAGAGGGACGGAGAAGAGGAUGACGAGGCAUUAGAAGAUGAUGAUGAUGACGACGACGACGACGAAGAGGACUCUGCUGAACAAAAGGAGAACAGUGGUCCCGAGGGUUCGGGGAAAGCCGAGUCAUCUUCAUCCGACUCCGGGGGCUCUUCUUCAUCGGAUGAUUCAGACUCUAGUGAUUAGGACUGAACCCAUGAAUAUAUAAUUAUAAAUUUAUUUAUGUAUCGCCUAGAAAUGUAUACAUAUAUUCACAUAUAUAUGGAUUUUCCAGCACUUAUGUUACGAUUUCUUUACAUGUAAAUACAAGAACUAACUAAAAUGUUGUGUAAUAAAGACUACAAAAACCUUACAAAAACAGGAAAAACUGACUUAAAAAGAACUGAAAUAAAAUUUCAGUGUUUGUUCACAAGGUACAGUCUUGUUUUGAGACAUUUUGCAUGUCAGACUUUAGUAGAUUUCUGAACUCUGUGAACCACGAUUAUGUACAAUUGCAACAAAAAACGGCAUUAUUGUAAUUAUGUCAGGAUUUAAUUUUAUUAAAAAAGUGAAACUACAUCAACAUGCUCA